CCUGGAUGGUUGUAGCCUACUUAGACUCCAUCUCCCCCGGAUCACUCUCUUAUCAUUACGGAACUUGCAUUCGUAUAAAAAUUUUCCUAAAUACUUAUUUUCACUGCACUCAUAAUGUUUAGUAAAACAGUUGUUGUACUUCUAAUGGUUGUGCCCGCAAUCUCACUUGCGCAGCCAGCUUCACCACUGGUACUCAAGAAAUCUCACGGAGCAUUUUGUCAUCUAUGCGAGGACCUCAUUAAGGAUGGCAAGGAAGCUGGAGAUGUUGCUCUCGAUGUCUGGCUUGAUGAGGAAAUCGGAUCCCGCUGCAAAGAUUUUGGAGUGUUAGCGUCGGAGUGCUUUAAGGAGUUGAAAGUGGCUGAGCAUGACAUCUGGGAAGCUAUUGAUCAAGAGAUUCCAGAGGAUAAAACUUGCAAAGAAGCCAAACUCUGUUGAUUUUCAUAUUCAAUAAACCUUGUGAAUAUUAA